AUGUUGCUGGGGCGCCGCGGGCUGCCGGGCCAACCUCUGCAGCGCUGGUGGACCUGCGGAAAACUGCACAGCCUCACCAGAAAGCUGUACGCAGGGCGCAUGGCCUGCAGCGCCCCUGCGGUUCAAGUCGUCUCCGCGGGGCUGCAGGAUAAGGAUGUUGUGAAUGGGGGAAUGGAUGUGUACGCCAUUAGCGAUCUGCACACUGAUCAUGAGGAGAAUUUGGCCUGGGUGAAGAGAUUGCCACGAGGCAGGCAUGGCAAUGAUGUGUUGAUUGUUGCGGGGGAUGUCAGUGAUGACAUGAGAAUCUUCCGGGAAACCAUGGCUGAACUUGUGGACCGUUUUGGCCACGUGGCCUUUGUGCCUGGGAACCAUGAACUGUGGGUGAGAGGCAUCGAUGGCGACUAUGAACAGCGCAAUGAGGGGGCCAGGGACUCCUUGGAAAAGCUGCACCGGGUGUUGAAUAUCUGCACAGAGAUGGGGGUGUCUGUGAAGCCCUGCAAAGUUGGAAAUUUCUGGCUCGUUCCCAUAUUGUCCUGGCACCACAGGAGCUUCGACACUGAGCCCGACAUACCUGGGAUCCCUCCCGCUAGUCCGAUGACCAUCUCGGAUUACAGGCACUGCAAAUGGUCACUGUGUAGUCAUGAGAAUGGCAGCGAAGCGAUCGCCGAGUACAUCGAUGCUCUGAACGAUGGGUCGUGGGUUGAGAGCGUGGAUAGCUCAUCCAAUGAUGUCAUUUCCUUCUCUCAUUUUCUGCCCCACAUUGAGCUGCUGCCAGAAAAACGCUUCCUGUACUACCCCAACAUAGCAAAAGUCGUGGGAUCCGAUCCACUGAAGAGGCGCAUCCAAAAGCUGCGUCCGCAUCUCCACAUAUUUGGCCACACCCAUUUCGGUUGGGAUGCAGUAGUUGACGGCGUGCGCUACGUCCAGUGCGCUCUGGGCUACCCCAAGGAGCGCCAAAAGAGGUACCCCUCCAUGCUGCUGUCGCAGAACCCCCGGGAGCUGAUGGAGACCCCACCUGAGUCGUCGCGGGUGAAGAACCCCACAUUCCUUCCUGCCCUCGUCUACACCUCCACCAGCUGCCAACAGGCAGAAACACCCCCCCUCCCCACAUCUGAAAGUGGGGAUGCUGGCGAUGGAUCACCACAGGCAAAGGCAUCUGAGGGCACGGUGCCCAACGGCUUUGGAAGAGAGGACGAGUCCCGAGAUGGCGCAGUCAGUGUGUACCCAGCGGCAAAGGGGCGCAUGCAACCGCUGCACUCGAAAUGGAGCGACUAUUACCAGUCCAAUCCCAGGACGCCGGAGAACUUGACCCUUGCGCCGUGGGCAGCCUCAAGGUACCAACAAUCGAAGCGCAAGGCAUGA